AUGGACCUGCUUUCCGAAGUCAGCGCGCCCACUGUGGCCAUGGCAUCCGCUCUGUCGGUGGCCGCCGGGGCCUAUCUGAAUGCGAAGCUCUCCAUCUCCACCGAUCUCUCACAGCUUGCCGGCGAUCGCGCCUUCGCAGCCCGACUGGGUGAGCGCAUAGCUCAGCUGGGCGACUCUACGACCAUCUAUAAGAUGCUAGAACGGGUGGUCGAGGUUGAAGGGCAAGGCGCAGCCGAUGCGCUCUGGUUCGAGCACAAAACAUGGUCAUACAGCCAGUUGAAAGAAUUGGUUGAUCGAUUUGCGGCUUUGUUGCAUGCUCGCGAUAUGAAGACUGGGGACUUCGUGGGCGUCUUCACAACCAACUCGCCCGAGAUGGUCAUUAUUCUCUACGCGUUGUCAAAGCUUGGAGCGGUGGCUGCCAUGAUUAACACCAACCUCCGAGAUGAUACAUUCAUCCACUGCCUGACUGUGUCCGGGUCUAAGUUCAUUAUCUCAACCCCAGACCUGUCACAACAUGUUUACGCCGAUUUACCACACUUGGCAUUCAAUCUAUCAUCGUUCGAAGAUGUUUCCACCGGCGCUGUCGAACUCAUUACUUCAACCGACCUGCAACAAUUCUCUCCAACCGGACUGGCAUGUGCGAAACGUACUCCCCGCGAUCUAACCGCAUUGAUCUAUACAUCCGGCACCACGGGCAAGCCCAAAGCCUGUGCCGUACGCAACAUGCUGGCAUUGAUAACCUCAAACACCCUUCCAGCAGAUGCGAACAACCGGGCCAAGUACUCCCCGCUCCGCACGUACUCGUCUCUGCCCCUGUUUCACGGCACGGCCUUCUUCACAGGGGUAUGCUACUCCGUGGGCAACGGCGGAACGCUGUGUCUGAGACGAAAGUUCUCCGCCUCGCAAUUCUGGAAAGAUGUCCACGACUCGCGCGCAACCCGAAUUCUCUACAUCGGCGAACUAUGCCGCUAUCUACUAUCCACGCCGCCAUCCCCAUACGACCGUAACCACAACUGCAUCGUGGCCGCGGGCAAUGGCCUCCGCGGCGAGAUCUGGGAACGCUUCCGUCAGCGAUUCGGCGUUCCCGAAAUCCGAGAGUUCUACCGCUCCACGGAGGGUUUGGCCAAGUUCGACAACCACGGUGUCAGCGCCUGGGGUGCUGGGAAAGUAGGCUUCUCGGGCCCAAUCCGUCGAUUCCUCGAGGACGACACAUUCAUAGUCAAGUAUGAUACUGAGACGGAGAUGCCGUACCGCGAUCCCGAGACUGGGUUCUGUGUUCGUGCUCGUCUUGGUGAGGAGGGUGAGGCCAUUGGCCGUGUGCGUGACCGGGGCCUGCUCACAGAGUAUCUGCACAACGAAGAGGCUACUGAGAAGAAGCUCAUCCGUGAUGUUUUUCAAAAGGGCGACCUCUUUCAGUGCACAGGCGAUCUUGUUGUUCAAGAUCAAUCUGGAUGGGUCAAGUUCCAAGACCGUGUUGGUGAUACAUUUCGCUGGAAAGGAGAGAAUGUCAGUGCAGGUGAAGUCCGGGAUCACGUUUGUCGGAUUAAUGGGGUUCACGAUGCCGUGGUGUAUGGCGUCAAGCUGGGCGGAUAUGAUGGCCAAGCUGGCGCUGCCGGCAUUACUCUCGAAGAACAUUCCUCGGCCGCCGAAGCCGAUCUCAUGUCAAACUUGUACAGCGCGCUGAGGAAGAAAGGUGUUCCCUCAUACGCACUUCCUCGCCUAGUGCGUAUCACGGAGAAAGUUGAAACAGGCGUCACGUUCAAACAAGCGAAGGGCGAUCUCGUCAAGAAGGGCUGGGAUCCUCGCCAAGAUUGGGCAGGGGACAAGUUGUACUGGCUGAACGGCACAAUCUAUGAGAAACUGAACGAUCAAAGCUGGUCGGAGAUUGAGAGCGGCAAAGCUAAGCUCUAA